AACAGCAGAGCUCUGUGUGACUAGGAAUGUCUAGUAGUAAGUAGAAAUCAGUGCAGCACGAGCUCCACACAACUCCAGACCCGACCAACAUGUAACCAGCACCUGACCCUGGCCUGAAGUGAAUAUAACUGGAUUACUGGAGAAAUCCUUUACUUUCUGAAGGUGACAGUUUUCUUACUGUACUAAUAUCUGCAGCAGUCACUGGAGAAUAAUAUUACAUGUGCACUUUAAAAGAAAAAAGAAUGGUUCAUUACCUACUGAAUUUCUACUUAAUCUACUCGUGGGUUGGGACAACAUAUUCAAAAGAGGGAACGGACUGUUACUGUAACAAUAUGGAUUUUUGUGACUGCUCCUCACUGCAUUUGACGUCUAUCCCUUCCACGUUGCCAAGACAAAUAAAGGGCUUGGACUUGUCUAAAAAUUUAAUUCAGGCAAUAUCAGAUGACAACCUUAAGCGAUAUGAAAACCUUAGAGUACUUCGCCUACAUCAAAAUGAAAUUCAUAGUAUCAGCAAUAACUCUUUUCAGUCACUACAAAACCUUGAGGAAAUGGAUCUAUCAUAUAACAAGUUACCCAGCUUGUCCCCUGCUUGGUUUGGAGGUCUUCACAAGCUGAGACAUUUGAACUUGCUGGGUAAUUACUACACUUCAUUGGGAGAAAAGCCAAUGUUCUCCAAUCUGCCAUCACUGAGAAAUUUAAAAUUAGGAAAUUUAGACUUUAUGGCCCUCUAUAAACAAGACUUUCAUGGUGUGCUUAGCUUGGAUGAACUCUACUUAAAUAUUUCACAACUGAGAUCAUAUGCCAAGGGCUCCAUACAUUCUAUACAAUUUAUAGAGCAUGUUACUCUUGCUUCAAAUUUAACCUUACUCCCAGAAAUAAUAAGUGAUCUUACACAUUCGGCUACCUGGUUAGAAAUUAGGAAUACAUCUUUCAGGAAAGGUCAGGAUUCAGAAGCAUUAGCGCUGCUCAAUGAUACAACGGUAAAGACUUUAAUGUAUAAAGACUGUCUACUGACUGACAGCAGCGCAGCAAGACUAAUAGAAAUUAUACAUACCUACAAAAAUGUUACCACUCUUGCUUUGGAGGACAGUGAACUUUUGGGAACAGGAAGUGGUGUUCCAUUUCUGAAAAAUGAGAAUUCAUCACUAUCAACAAUUAUAGUUAAGAACCUGUACAUACCCAAUUUUUUUCUCUUUACCGACUUCCAUUUCAUCUAUCAGGUAGUACGUGCAAUUAGGAGUGUUACCUGCAUAGGCAGCAAAGUUUUUCUCAUGCCUUGUAAUUUUUCCCGAUCGUUUAAGAUGAUGGAAUACCUUGAUCUGAGUGAGAAUGUACUCACGGACUUGUUUUUGGAAAGUUCAGCCUGUUAUUUGGAAGGUUAUGGGGCUUGGCCUUCUGUACGAACUUUAAAUGUCAGCAGAAAUCUUUUAACUUCAUUGUCCAGGGUUUCGAAAGCUCUUUCAAAAGUUCCAUCAUUGACUUAUAUUGAUUUAAGUCGAAAUAUGUUUGGUGACAACACUAUUUCUUCCUGCAUCUGGCCUGAGAACCUCAAACACUUAAAUAUUUCAGACUGCAAGUUAAAAAUGAUUGACAACUGCCUUCCUGUCACUUUAGAGAUUUUGGAUAUAAGUGCCAAUCAUCUUGAAGAAUUUGCUGCCAAUUUAGCAAAUUUGAAGGAGCUCUACAUAUCUAAUAAUAGAUUGACCAUGUUACCGGUAAAAGCUAAUCUACCAAGCCUAACAUUACUGAUUAUCAGGAAAAAUAUAAUCAGUGACUUUUUCAAAUCUGAUUUGAUAAACUUCCAAAAUUUGACAAAAUUGGAUGCAACUGAAAACAAUUAUUUCUGCUCCUGUCAGUUUGUGGAUUUUGCUACGCAACAUAACAGACUCCUUCUGGGUUGGCCAGAAAACUAUAUAUGUGAUUCUCCUUCUUCAGUACAAGGUCAUCAGAUUAUAGAUGCACAUCUCCCUAUAUUGAUGUGCCAUAGAGCAUUAGUCGUGACACUGUCCUGCAUUUUAUCUAUAUUAGUGAUAGCAAUUAUUCUGGUGCUUUGUCACUAUCUCCAUUGUAUUUGGUAUGCGAAAAUGACCUGGGCCUGGUUAAAAGCUAAAAGAAAGCCUUUUAAAGUUUCAGAGAAAGAGAUCUCUUUUGAUGCAUUCAUAUCUUACAGUGAAAGGGACUCUGAGUGGGUUGAGAAUAUGAUGGUACCACAGCUAGAAAAUGGCAAUCCCCCAUUGAAAGUAUGCAUUCAUAAGCGGGAUUUUGUACCAGGCAAAUGGAUAAUUGACAAUAUCAUUGAUGCCAUGGAGAGAAGCCACAAAACCCUGUUUAUCUUAUCAGAGCAUUUUGUCCAAAGUGAGUGGUGCAAGUACGAGCUGGAGUUCUCCCACUUUCGUCUUUUCGAUGAAAGCAAUGAUUCCGCCAUUUUGGUUCUUCUGGAACCCAUUGAAAAGUCAACUGUUCCAAAAAGAUUCUGUAAAUUAAGGAAACUUAUGAACACUAAAACUUACCUUGAGUGGCCAUCAGAAGAAGAAGAACAACAUGUUUUCUGGGCUAAUCUCAAAGCAGCAGUGCAACCAGAGGAAUACCCAGAAGCAUAGCAACUCCUUAAUGUUGCGGGGACAUAGUCUUAAAAAUGCAAACCAAAAAGUGAAGCAGUACAUGCUUUUUUUUUUAUAAAGGACAAAGUCUCUCGAUUAUAGAGCAGAGACAGAAAUGUGUUUUCGCAUGCAGCUGAUUUCUUAGGGAAUGUGCUGUAGAAGGAAGAUGUACCAGAUAGAUAUAUGUCUUACUUCCAAAAAAGAUUAAAUCUGUAUUAAAGCAGGAAAGGAAUAAAGCAAAUGUUAAUGGAGGAUCCUGCAAAAGAAAUAUUCCAUGAAUAUAGUUACAUUGUGCAGGUGAAA